AUGGACGCGCUUGGAGCCCACAGAGCACAAAUAAGAGAAUUCUUUGACAGGUCCCAGGGCGGAAGGAAAUACAAAGUGUCUCUCCUCACGGUCCCUCCCCCGGGCAGAAUCAUCCUGGACAUUGCUGAAAUACGAAGAUUCAACAAAGAUCUGUCAAACGCCCUGCAAUACAGCACAACCUCGCUGCUUCCUGCCUUUGAAGAAAUAGCCCAGGAGUACGCGCACAGCGCAGUGCGCAUCGGAAUAACAGGAGUGCUUGCAGGAGAGAAAACAACGCCAAGAAACCUUCUCUCCAGCUCCCUUGGGCACCUUGUGGCAAUAGAAGGGAUCGUCACCAGCACGUCAAAGAUACGCCCUAAAAUAAAAAAAAGUGUACAUUUUAUCAAAAAUACACUUUCUUUCCUGUACAAGGAGUACAGAGACAACAACACGCUUUCCAUUCUGCCUCCCACCACAACUGCAAUUCCUAAAAUGUCCGCAGAUGGAAACCCGCUGGAAAUGGAGUACGGGCACAGCGAGUACACGUCCCACCAGAGCAUCAUUCUGCAGGAAAUGCCAGAGCUAUCCCCUCCAGGACAAAUGCCCAGAGGCAUUCGAAUUAUUCUGGAAGACGACCUAGCAGGAGCAGUAAAGCCAGGGGACAGAGUGCGCGUAUACGGAACGUAUAAGUGCACAUCCCAGCUGAAAACAACGCAGGACACACUGAAGACAGUGCUUAUUGCAAACAACCUCGGAGUGCUUAAUAAGAAUAGCAAGAAGUUCGCAUCGACAAAUGAAAAUGCAAAAAAUACUAUGAACACAAAAAGUGAAAAUAAUGAAAACAUCGAAAAUGAAACAGAGUCUGUGCAAAACACGAGCGCAGGGAACAGGAUAAAAGAAGUGCUGCACAACGAAGGACUUGAUGGAGUAGUGAAAUACAUCGCACCUUCUAUUUUUGGCCUGCCAACCGUUAAAAAAGCCAUCCUUCUGAUGAUGAUAGGCGGUGAGUCUAUAUCCACCACUGCAGGAGGACACAUCAGAGGAGACAUCAACGUGCUUUUAGUUGGUGACCCGGGAGUAGCAAAGAGUCAGAUCCUCAGGUACGUUUUGGAUGCUUCUCCGCUGGCGAUCUGCACAACGGGAAGAGGGGCUUCAGGAGUUGGUCUCACAGCAGCUGUGGUAACAGAUGAAGACGGAGGAAGGAGAAUAGAAGCAGGAGCUAUGGUCAUGGCAGAUACGGGCAUAGUGUGCAUUGACGAGUUUGACAAGAUGGACGAAAGCGAAAGAGUGGCAAUACACGAAGCCAUGGAACAGCAAACUGUGACAAUAGCGAAGGCCGGGAUAUACGCAACACUGAACGCACGAUGCUCGGUCCUGGCUGCAGCCAAUCCUGUGUCAGGGCAGUACAGAAGCACUCUUUCGCCUCGAGAGAACAUCAAACUGCCUGAGUCUCUGCUGACAAGAUUUGACCUGAUUUUUGUUUUGGAAGAUAAGAUUGACUUUGAUUUUGAAAUUGCAACGCACGUCCUGGAGAGAAGAAUGGGCAGAAACAGAAUGUCAGACAUAUCGCAGGAAGAUGUAAGAGAAUACGUGAACGAGUGCAGACAGAUAAAUACAGUGAUAGGAGAAGGCGUGGCAGAGUACGUAGAAAAAGAGUACGUAAGGCUGCGAGAAGAAGGAGAAAAGAACAGGCUGAGUCUUUCGCGAGGUGUAACUGUCAGGGUGCUAGAAAGCAUUAUCAGACUAAGCACCGCACACGCCAGAGGAAGGCUCUCUUCCGUUGUAGAAGUGUCUGAUGCAGAAGCGGCGGUGGAAAUAGUGGAAAGUACGCUGUGGCGAAAGAGUGUAAGAAAAAAAGUAGGCAAACAGGAGACAAGCGAGACUGUGUGCGCAGUGUUGUACAAGUACAGAGAAGACAACCCGAACGAUAAGAUAGUGUCGGUGGAGAAGGUUCUCAUGCUGACGGGAGGAGAAAGAGAAGAAGUGCUGGAAGGUCUGAAAGAGCUAGAAAAAGAAGACGUGAUUAAAAUAACGAACGGAAUGAUCAUAUUCCCAUAG